GCGCUCUCCGCCUUUUUCUCUCUAGACCGAAUCUCUCCUCCCCCCGCGCCCCCUCCCGCAUCUCCCACUCGCUGGCGCUCUCUCCAGCUGCCUCAUCUCCAGGUCUCUCCUGGCUGCGCGCGCUCCUCUCCCCGCCUCGCCCCUCCCGCAGCCUCGCCGCCUUGGUGCCUUCCUGCCCGGCUCGGCCGGCGCUCGUCCCCGGCCCGGCCCCGCCAGCCGGGUCUCCGCGCUCGGAGCCGCUCAGCCCUGCAGUGGCUCGGGACCCGAUGCUAUGAGAGGGAAGCGAGCCGGGCGCCCAGACCUGCAGGAGGCGUCGGACGCGCGGCGGGUCUCGGCAUCGGGCUCCCUCUCCGGCUCGCCUCGCCCUCUGGUGAUUACUGGGCUCUGCUCAUAGCCCUGCCGUGCCUCGGAGGAGACGGGCGCAUCCGAGCAGAGCCAUCGCGUCGUGUGCGUGUGGAGUAUCUGCAGACAUGACUGCGCGGAGGAGAUUCGAGUCGCUGCUCCUGCUCCUGGUGCUGCUGGUUCUGUGCGCGGGGCUCCUCGCCGCAGCCACGGGUCAAAACUGUGGAGGCUUAGUCCAGGGUCCCAACGGCACCAUUGAGAGCCCAGGUUUUCCUCAUGGUUAUCCGAACUACGCUAACUGCACCUGGAUCAUUAUAACGGGGGAACGCAAUAGGAUACAAUUGUCAUUUCAUACCUUUGCUCUUGAAGAAGAUUUUGAUAUUUUAUCAGUGUACGAUGGACAGCCCCAACAAGGGAAUCUAAAAGUGAGAUUAUCGGGAUUUCAGCUACCGUCCUCGAUAGUGAGCACAGGAUCUAUCCUCACGCUGUGGUUCACGACAGACUUUGCUGUGAGCGCCCAAGGCUUUAAAGCACUGUAUGAAGUCUUACCUAGCCACACAUGUGGAAACCCUGGAGAAAUAUUAAAAGGAGUACUGCACGGAACGAGAUUCAACAUAGGAGACAAAAUCCGAUACAGCUGUCUCUCCGGCUACAUCCUGGAAGGUCACGCGAUCCUGACCUGCAUCGUCAGCCCCGGGAAUGGCGCGUCGUGGGACUUCCCAGCCCCUUUUUGCAGAGCUGAAGGGGCCUGUGGAGGGACCUUACGUGGGACCGGCAGCUCCAUCUCCAGCCCCCACUUCCCUUCCGAGUACGAAAACAACGCUGACUGCACGUGGACCAUUCUCGCGGAGCCAGGGGACACCAUCGCUUUGGUCUUCACAGACUUCCAGCUGGAAGAAGGAUACGAUUUCUUAGAGAUCAGCGGGACAGAAGCACCAUCCAUAUGGCUGACUGGAAUGAACCUCCCCUCCCCUGUUAUCAGCAGCAAGAACUGGUUACGCCUCCAUUUCACCUCCGACAGCAACCAUCGACGCAAAGGAUUCAAUGCUCAGUUUCAAGUGAAAAAGGCAAUCGAGUUGAAGUCGAGAGGUGUCAAGAUGCUACCCAGCAAGGACGGCAGCCAUAAAAACUCUGUCUUGAGCCAAGGAGGCGUCGCGUUGGUCUCCGACAUGUGUCCAGAUCCCGGGAUUCCAGAAAAUGGUAGAAGAGCAGGCUCUGACUUCAGAACAUGUGGAUCAAACCUGCGUGGACCCAGUGGAGUCAUCACCUCCCCUAAUUACCCAGUUCAGUAUGAAGACAACGCCCACUGCGUGUGGGUCAUCACCACAACCGACCCAGACAAGGUCAUCAAGCUUGCCUUUGAAGAGUUUGAGCUGGAAAGAGGUUAUGACACCCUGACGGUCGGUGACGCUGGGAAAGUGGGGGACACCAGAUCGGUCUUGUACGUACUCACGGGCUCCAGCGUUCCUGACCUCAUUGUGAGCAUGAGCAACCAGAUGUGGUUACAUCUGCAGUCUGACGACAGCAUUGGCUCACCUGGGUUUAAAGCUGUGUACCAAGAAAUUGAAAAGGGAGGAUGUGGGGAUCCGGGCAUCCCCGCCUACGGGAAGCGGACGGGCAGCAGUUUUCUCCACGGGGACACGCUCACCUUUGAAUGCCAGGCGGCCUUCGAGUUGGUGGGGGAGAGAGUCAUCACCUGCCAGCAGAACAAUCAGUGGUCUGGCAACAAGCCCAGCUGCGUUUUUUCAUGUUUCUUCAACUUCACGGCUGCAUCCGGGAUUAUCCUGUCACCCAAUUACCCUGAGGAAUACGGUAACAACAUGAACUGCGUGUGGUUGAUCAUAUCCGAGCCAGGAAGUAGAAUCCACCUCAUCUUUAACGACUUUGAUGUGGAGCCUCAGUUUGACUUUCUUGCAGUCAAAGACGAUGGGAUUUCGGAUAUAACAGUCCUUGGGACCUUUUCUGGCAAUGAAGUGCCUUCCCAGCUAGCGAGCAGCGGGCACGUGGUGCGCCUGGAAUUUCAGUCCGACCACUCCACCACCGGCAGAGGGUUCAACAUCACUUACACCACAUUUGGUCAAAAUGAGUGCCACGAUCCUGGCAUCCCUAUAAAUGGACGGCGUUUUGGUGACAGGUUUCUAUUAGGGAGCUCGGUUUCUUUCCACUGUGACGAUGGCUUUGUCAAGACCCAGGGGUCCGAGUCUAUCACCUGCAUCCUCCAGGAUGGGAACGUGGUCUGGAGCUCCACGGUGCCCCGCUGCGAAGCCCCGUGCGGUGGACACCUGACAGCUUCCAGUGGCGUCAUCCUGCCUCCUGGGUGGCCGGGAUAUUAUAAAGAUUCUCUAAACUGUGAAUGGAUAAUUGAAGCAAAACCAGGACACUCUAUUAAAAUAACUUUUGAUAGGUUUCAGACGGAAGUCAACUACGACACUCUGGAGGUGCGAGAUGGGCCGGCCAGCUCGUCCCCGCUGAUCGGGGAGUACCACGGCACGCAGGCCCCCCAGUUCCUGAUCAGCACCGGGAACUUCAUGUACCUGCUCUUCACCACGGACAACAGCCGCUCCAGCGUGGGCUUCCUCAUCCACUACGAGAGUGUGACUCUGGAGUCCGACUCCUGCCUCGAUCCCGGCAUCCCUGUGAAUGGCCAUCGCCAUGGUAGCAACUUCGGCGUCAGGUCCACAGUGACAUUCAGCUGCGACCCAGGGUACACCCUGAGCGACAACGAGCCCCUUCUCUGUGAGCAAAACCAUCAGUGGAACCACGCCUUGCCCAGCUGCGACGCCCUGUGUGGAGGCUACAUCCACGGGAAGAGUGGAACAGUCCUUUCUCCUGGGUUUCCGGAUUUUUACCCAAACUCUCUAAACUGUACGUGGACCAUUGAAGUGUCUCAUGGAAAAGGAGUUCAGAUGAUCUUCCACACUUUCCACCUGGAGAGCUCCCAUGACUAUUUGCUGAUCACCGAGGACGGCAGCUUUUCCGAGCCGGUUGCCAGGCUCACGGGGUCGGUGCUGCCUCACACGAUCAAGGCGGGCUUGUUUGGGAACUUCACUGCCCAGCUUCGAUUUAUAUCGGACUUCUCCAUUUCCUACGAGGGCUUCAACAUCACGUUUUCAGAAUAUGACCUGGAGCCGUGUGAUGAUCCCGGAGUCCCUGCCUUCAGCCGAAGAAUCGGUUUCCACUUCGGUGUCGGAGACUCUCUGACGUUUUCCUGUUUCCCGGGGUAUCGCUUAGAAGGUGCAACCAAGCUUACCUGCCUGGGUGGGGGCCGCCGUGUGUGGAGCGCACCUCUGCCAAGGUGUGUGGCUGAAUGUGGAGCAAGUGUCAAAGGAAACGAAGGAACAUUACUGUCUCCAAAUUUUCCAUCAAAUUAUGAUAAUAACCACGAGUGCAUCUAUAGAAUAGAAACAGAGGCUGGCAAGGGGAUCCACCUCAGAGCGCGGAGCUUCCAGCUGUUCGAGGGAGAUAUUCUAAAGGUGUAUGAUGGGAAGGACAGCUCCUCACGUCCCCUGGGAGCCUUCACCAAAAAUGAACUGACGGGACUGACCCUGAACAGCACCUCCAACCACCUGUGGCUGGAAUUCAACACCGACGGAUCGGACACCGACUCAGGCUUUCAGCUCACCUACACUAGUUUUGAUCUAGUAAAAUGCGAGGACCCGGGCAUCCCCAGCUAUGGCUACAGGAUCCGCGACGAAGGCCACUUCACGGACACCGUCGUCCAGUACAGCUGCAACCCAGGGUACGCCAUGCACGGCAGCAGCACCCUGACCUGUCUGAGCGGAGACAGGAGAGUGUGGGACAAACCGCUGCCCUCCUGCGUAGCGGAAUGCGGCGGGCGUAUCCACGCUGCCACGUCAGGACGGAUACUGUCCCCUGGCUACCCAGCUCCUUAUGACAACAACCUCCACUGCACGUGGGUUAUAGAGGCAGACCCAGGAAAGACCAUUAGCCUGCACUUCAUCGUCUUUGACACGGAGAUGGCCCAUGACAUCCUCAAGGUGUGGGACGGGCCGGUGGACAGCGACAUCCUGCUGAAGGAGUGGAGCGGCUCCGCCCUGCCCGAGGACACGCACAGCACCUUCAACUCGCUCACCCUGCAGUUCGACAGCGACUUCUUCAUCAGCAAGUCCGGCUUCUCCAUCCAGUUCUCAACAUCCAUCGCAUCGACCUGCAAUGAUCCGGGCAUGCCUCAAAAUGGUACCCGCUAUGGAGACAGCCGGGAGGCUGGAGACACCGUCACCUUCCAGUGCGACCCUGGGUAUCAGCUCCAAGGACAAGCCAAAAUCACCUGUGUGCAACUGAAUAACCGGUUCUUCUGGCAACCAGACCCUCCUACGUGCAUAGCUGCUUGUGGCGGGAAUCUGACGGGCCCAGCGGGUGUUAUUUUAUCUCCCAACUACCCACAGCCAUAUCCUCCUGGGAAAGAAUGUGACUGGAAGAUAAAAGUCAACCCAGACUUUGUCAUCGCCUUGAUAUUCAAAAGUUUCAACAUGGAGCCCAGCUAUGACUUCCUGCACAUCUACGAGGGGGCGGAUUCCAACAGCCCCCUCAUUGGAAGCUUCCAGGGCUCCCAAGCCCCAGAGAGAAUAGAGAGUAGCGGAAACAGCCUUUUUCUCGCAUUUCGGAGCGAUGCUUCCGUGGGCCUGUCGGGGUUCGCCAUUGAGUUCAAAGAGAAGCCUCGGGAAGCGUGUUUUGACCCCGGAAAUAUAAUGAACGGGACGAGAGCGGGAACGGACUUCAAGCUCGGCUCGACCGUCACGUACCAGUGCGACUCUGGGUACAAGGUCGGCGACCCCUCGUCCAUCACGUGUGUGAUCGGAGCGGACGGGAAGCCCUCCUGGAACCACGCGCUGCCCUCCUGCCACGCUCCCUGUGGAGGCCAGUACACGGGGUCGGAGGGGGUAGUUUUAUCCCCAAACUACCCUCGUAAUUACACAGCUGGUGAAGUAUGCCUCUACUCCAUAACUGUGCCAAAGGAGUUCGUGGUGUUUGGACAGUUCGCCUAUUUCCAGACAGCGCUGAACGAUUUGGCAGAAUUAUUUGACGGGACGCAUGCCCAGGCCAGACUGCUCAGCUCCCUCUCCGGGUCUCAUUCAGGUGAGACAUUGCCUUUGGCUACGUCAAACCAGAUUCUGCUCCGAUUCAGCGCGAAGAGUGGUGCUUCUGCCCGGGGCUUCCACUUCGUGUACCAAGCUGUUCCUCGAACCAGUGAUACCCAGUGCAGUUCUGUGCCUGAGCCCAGAUACGGAAGGAGAAUCGGUUCCGAGUUUUCUGCAGGUUCGAUCGUCCGAUUUGAGUGCAACCCGGGGUACCUGCUUCAGGGUUCCACGGCGCUCCGCUGCCAGUCGGUGCCCAACGCUCUGGCGCAGUGGAACGACACGAUCCCCAGCUGCGUGGUCCCCUGUAGUGGCAAUUUCACCCAGCGGAGAGGUACCAUCCUGUCCCCUGGCUACCCUGAGCCCUACGGCAACAACCUGAACUGUGUAUGGAAGAUCAUAGUGACGGAGGGGUCGGGAAUUCAGGUAAGUCCUCCAGAUCCAAGUGAUCAGCUUUGCCACGGAGCAGAACUGGGACUCCCGGAGAUCCACGACGGCGGGGACGCGACGGCUCCCAGGCUGGGGAGUUUCUCAGGCACCACGGUGCCGGCGCUGCUGAACAGCACCUCCAACCAGCUCUACUUGCGCUUCCAGUCCGAUAUCAGCGUGGCGGCCGCUGGGUUUCACCUGGAAUACAAAACUGUGGGUCUUGCCGCGUGCCAGGAACCAGCCCUUCCCAGCAACGGCAUCAAAAUCGGAGACCGGUACAUGGUGAACGACGUGCUCUCCUUUCAGUGCGAGCCCGGAUACACCUUGCAGGGCCGUUCCCACAUCUCUUGCAUGCCGGGGACUGUUCGCCGUUGGAACUACCCGUCGCCCCUCUGCAUCGCGACCUGUGGCGGGACGCUGACCACCAUGGGGGGCGUGAUCCUGAGCCCUGGCUUUCCGGGUUCAUACCCCAACAACCUGGACUGCACCUGGACCGUCUCCCUGCCCAUCGGCUACGGUGCCCAUAUCCAGUUCCUGAAUUUCUCUACUGAAGCCAACCAUGACUACCUGGAGAUUCAGAACGGGCCUUACCACCACAGCCCCAUGAUCGGCCAGUUCAGCGGCUCGGACCUGCCCGCCGCUCUGCUCAGCACCACGCACGAGACGCUCAUCCGCUUUUACAGCGACCACUCGCAAAACCGGCAAGGGUUUAAACUUGCUUACCAAGCCUAUGAACUGCAGAACUGCCCAGACCCGCCCCCGUUUCAGAACGGGUACAUGAUCAACUCAGACUACAGCGUGGGGCAGUCCGUCUCCUUCCAGUGCUACCCUGGGUACGUUCUCAUCGGCCAGGCCGUCCUCACCUGCCAGCACGGCAUCAACAGGAACUGGAACCACCCUUUUCCCCGAUGUGAUGCCCCCUGCGGCUACAACGUGACAUCUCCGAACGGCACCAUCUACUCCCCCGGCUUUCCGGACGAGUACCCCAUCCUGAAGGACUGCGUCUGGCUCAUCUCCGUUCCGCCCGGGCACGGGGUCUACAUCAACUUCACCCUGCUGCAGACGGAGGCCGUCAACGAUUACAUUGCCGUGUGGGACGGCCCGGAUCAGAAUGCCCCGCAGCUGGGCGUUUUCAGCGGCAACACAGCCCUCGAGACGGCCUACAGCUCCACCAACCAGGUCCUGCUCAAGUUCCACAGCGACUUCUCAAACGGAGGCUUCUUUGUCCUCAAUUUUCACGCAUUUCAGCUCAAGAAAUGCCCGCCUCCUCCAGCGGUCCCCCAGGCAGAAAUGCUCACCGAGGACGACGACUUUGAAAUAGGAGACUCCGUGCAGUACCAGUGCCACCCGGGCUACACCUUGGUGGGGACGGGCACCCUGACCUGCAAGCUGAGCGCCCAGUUGCAGUUUGAGGGCUCUCCCCCGACGUGCGAAGCCCAGUGCCCGGCAAACGAAGUCCGGACAGAGUCGUCUGGAGUCAUCCUCAGCCCAGGGUACCCGGGCAACUAUUUCAACUCGCAGACGUGCUCCUGGAGCAUCAAGGUGGAACCGAACUAUAACAUCACCAUCUUCGUGGACACGUUUCAAAGUGAAAAGCAAUUCGAUGCCCUGGAAGUAUUCGAUGGUUCCUCUGGGCAAAGUCCUCUGCUAGUAGUCUUAAGUGGGAACCUCACUGAACAGUCUAAUUUUACAAGCAAGAGCAACGAGUUAUAUCUCCGCUGGUCCACCGAUCACGCAACCAGUAAAAAGGGGUUCAAGAUUCGUUAUGCGGCGCCCUACUGCAGCUUGGCCCCCACGCUGAAGGACGGUGGCAUCGUAAACAGGACCGCGGGGGUCGCUGGAAGCCAAGUGCAUUACUUUUGCAAGCCUGGGUACCGGCUGAUCGGCCACAGCAAGGCGAGCUGCAGACGGAACCCCCUGGGCACGUAUCAGUGGGAUUCCCUCCCGCCACUCUGCCAGGCUGUGUCCUGUGGAAUCCCAGAAUCCCCAGGAAACGGUUCCUUCACGGGUAACGAGUUCACUUUGGACAGUAAGGUGACCUAUGAAUGCAACGAGGGCUUUAAGCUAGAAGCCGGUCAGCAGGUGACGGCGGUGUGCCGGGAGGACGGACUCUGGAGCAACAAGGGGAAGCCGCCCGCCUGCAAAGCGGUCCCUUGCCCCAGCAUCGAAGCUCAGCUCUCGGAACACGUCAUCUGGAGGCUGGUUUCGGGAUCGCUGAAUGAGUAUGGAGCCCAGGUGUUGCUGAGCUGCAGCCCUGGCUACUAUUUGGAGGGCCGGAGGCUCGUUCAGUGCCAAGCUAACGGGACAUGGAGCGCAGGAGAGGAGAGGCCCAGCUGCAAAGCGGGCCACUGCGGGUCCCCAGACCCCAUCGUCAACGGGCACAUCAGUGGGGAUGGCUUCAGCUACAGGGACACGGUGGUGUACCAGUGCAAUCCCGGCUUCCGGCUGGUGGGCACGUCGGUGAGAAUAUGCCUGCAGGACCACAAGUGGUCUGGACAGACUCCCGUUUGUGUCCCCAUCACGUGCGGUCACCCUGGAAACCCCGCCCACGGGUUCACCAACGGCAGCGAGUUCAACCUGAACGACGUCGUGAACUUCACCUGCAACACGGGCUACCUGCUGCAGGGCGCCUCCCGCGCCCAGUGUCGGAGCAACGGCCAGUGGAGCAGCCCUUUGCCCACGUGUCGAGUGGUGAACUGCUCGGAUCCAGGCUUUGUGGAAAACGCCAUCCGUCACGGGCAGCAGACUCUCCCGGAGAGUUUUGAGUAUGGGAUGAGCGUCCUGUAUCAUUGCAAGAAGGGCUUUUACUUGCUGGGAUCUUCGGCCUUAACCUGUACGGCAAAUGGCUUAUGGGAUCGGUCUUUGCCCAAGUGUUUGGGUCUGCUCAACGGGUCGUGGUCGGGGCUGCAGCCUGCGUGUGAGGCCGUGUCCUGCGGCAACCCCGGGACCCCCACCAACGGCAUGAUCGUCAGCAGCGACGGCGUCCUGUUCUCGAGCUCCGUCAUCUACACCUGCUGGGAGGGCUACAGGACCUCAGGGCUCAUGACGCGGCAUUGCACGGCCAACGGGACCUGGACCGGCUCCGCUCCCGACUGCACGAUUAUCAGUUGUGGAGAUCCGGGCACCCUGGCAAACGGCAUCCAGUUUGGGACUGAUUUCACCUUCAACAAGACUGUGAGCUAUCGGUGUGACCCCGGCUACCUCAUGGAGCCGGCCGCGGCGGCCACUCUGCGUUGUACCAAAGACAGUACCUGGAACCACAGCAAACCCGUCUGCAAAGCGGUCCUGUGCGCUCAGCCUCCUCAAGUGCAGAACGGAAGAGUGGAGGGGACGGACUUCCGCUGGGGCGCCAGCGUGAGCUACAGCUGCGUGGACGGCUACCAGCUCUCCCACUCGGCCAUCCUGUCCUGCGAAGGCCGCGGAGUGUGGCGAGGGGAGGUCCCCCAGUGCCUGCCUGUGUUCUGCGGAGACCCCGGCACCCCCGCGGAGGGGCGGCUUAGCGGGAAAAGCUUCACCUACAAGUCUGAAGUCUUCUUCCAGUGCAAACCCCCGUUCAUACUUGUGGGGUCGUCGAGAAGGAUCUGCCAAGCGGACGGCUCGUGGAGUGGCGUACAACCCACCUGCAUCGAUCCUGCACAUAACACCUGCCCAGACCCUGGCACCCCGCACUUCGGAAUACAAAAUAGCUCUAGAGGAUACGAGGUUGGAAGCACGGUGUUUUUCAGGUGCAGAAAAGGGUACCAUAUCCAAGGUUCCACGACCCGAACUUGCCUUGCAAAUUUGACGUGGAGUGGGAUACAGACCGAGUGUAUACCUCAUGCCUGCAGGCAGCCGGAAACCCCAGCACACGCGGACGUGAGAGCCAUCGACCUUCCUACGUUUGGCUACACCUUAGUGUACACCUGCCACCCAGGCUUCUUCCUCGCAGGCGGGUCUGAGCACAGGACCUGUAAAGCAGACAUGAAGUGGACGGGGAAGUCGCCUGUUUGUAAAAGUAAAGGAGUGAGAGAAGUUAAUGAAACAGUUACUAAAACUCCAGUUCCUUCAGAUGUGUUCUUCGUCAACUCGGUGUGGAAGGGAUAUUACGAGUAUCUGGGGAAAAGACAGCCCGCCACCCUCACCGUUGACUGGUUCAACGCGACGAGCAGCAAGGUGAACGCCACCUUCACCGAAGCCUCCCCGGCGGAGCUGAAGUUGACAGGAGUUUACAAGAAGGAGGAGGCCCACUUACUCCUGAAAGCUUUUCAGAGUAAAGGCACAGUAGACAUCUUCGUGAGCAAGUUCGAGAACGACAACUGGGGGCUGGAUGGUUACGUAUCAUCUGGACUCGAAAGAGGAGGGUUUACUUUUCAAGGGGACAUACAUGGAAAAGACUUUGGAAAAUUCAAGCUGGAAAGGCAAGAUCCCUUAAACUCGGAUCAAGACUCUUCCAGUCAUUACCAGGGCACCAGCAGCGGCUCCGUGGCGGCGGCCAUCCUGGUUCCAUUCUUUGCUCUAAUUUUAUCAGGGUUUGCAUUUUACCUCUACAAACACAGAACAAGACCCAAAGUUCAAUACAACGGCUACGCCGGACACGAAAACAGCAACGGACAAGCUUCCUUCGAAAACCCCAUGUACGACACAAACUUAAAGCCCACGGAAGCCAAGGCCGUGAGGUUCGACACCACUCUGAACACGGUGUGCACGGUGGUAUAG